ACAUCUAUGUGUUUGUAGUUUACUUUGUAUUAACAGGCACUGAAGGCACCACGUUAAAUAGGGAUGCGGUCAUGUUUGGGUACAAAGUUCUGCUGUGUUAUAUUGUUGAACAAAGUUACAGCACCGUGUGAUGACCCACUGCUUUCAAGGAUUUAACGUUGACUACUGCGAAUAACAAAUGCUAAAACCUUGUUGCUAAUUAAUUAGGAAGUGUGUGAAUUAACAACUUCCGUAAGAACACUACACUAACAGUUAGCUUAGCCUACACAAGACCGGACGUUACCCAGAACUGCAUUAAAAAAACUUGACAUUUUAGAGUUUCCUUUGGAUAUUUGUUACUUUUUCCUUCCCACAGGAGGGAGAAUGGCCGGCUUGUGGAGAUCCUACCAGGUCCUGAUGACCAGAUACCCCUGGACAGUCCAGAUUGUGACCGCUGGCUCUUUGGUGGGCGUCGGUGAUGUCAUCUCCCAGCAGCUGAUUGAGAGACGAGGACUGGCUCAGCACAACGUGCGGCGGACGGCCAAGAUGAUGAGUAUUGGUUUCUUCUUUGUGGGUCCAGUGGUUGGCAGCUGGUACAAAGUGCUGGACAUGCUGGUGGUUGGAGGAACUAAAAGUGCUGCCAUGAAGAAAAUGCUGUGUGACCAGUUGUGUUUCGCUCCGUGCUUCCUGGGAGCUUUCCUCUGUAUCUCCGGUGCUCUGAACGGGCUGACGGUAGAGGAGAACAUCACCAAGCUGAAGAGGGACUACACAGAUGCCCUGAUCGCAAAUUACUAUCUCUGGCCUCCAGUCCAAAUCGCCAAUUUCUACUUCAUCCCGCUGCACCACAGGUUGGCUGUCGUGCAGAUCGUCGCUGUGGUCUGGAACGCCUACCUGACCUGGAAGGCCAAUAAGAUGUGAAGGGUGAUCACGAGUCCGGCCUGUGUAGCUGCUACUGAUGAAUUUACACUCAUUCAUUGUGUGUGUGUGUAUGUGUGUGAUACGGGCCGUUCUGCUCUAACUUACUUCAGGCUACUUGGUUUUCUGAUAUUUCCGAUGUGUAAUACUGUGACUGAGUCACUUACAGAGAUCGAGAGAAAAGGCUCGUCUCCCCGAAUGACACAUUCACACUUGAAAGUCAAACUUUCAUUUGCAGAGAUGUCUGUGAAAGUUUGUUAUUUAUGGGAUGAGAUGUGACAGUUGUGAAACCACACAAACACACACACGUUCACACCUACUAGUAGCAAAGGGAACUUUUUUUUUAUUCCAGUCAUGUAUUGUUAAUCACUCAGAAUAACUGAGCUGAAGGAUUGUUUGUUCCUGGUUAACAAUGCUUUAUUGAUUUCAGUUUAUGUCUGUGAUUUACAUAUUGUUUACCCACUUUCUCUGCCACGUCUGUGUACUUUAGUUGUUUUCCUGCAAUUCCCAUGAUUUCUUUUUAACAACCCUCAGGAAAAAGGCCAACAACUUUUUUUUUUUUAAGAUUUGUUACAAGUGUUCAAAAAAUGAGUGAUAACCAGACAACUGUCGUCUCUGCAAGUGAUAUCAAGUCUUAAUGCUGCACUCAUUUUGGUUUUGGACAGAUCCAGACGAUUCCUAUAAACAGUCAUGACAGAAAUGAUUUUCUGUUUAGCUGCGUUGUACAGUUGUUGCUGCCGCCGAACAGAAUAGAUCCUUGCUGCAGUGAUAA